UGCCCGCGAACCAAGACCCAGCUCCAAAUCAAACCCAACCUUUUUCCUCUCUAGAUCUCGCGAAGGGGGGAAGCCAUGGCGAGGGCUAGCUCCGGCCUCGCGUACCCGGAGAGGUUCUACGCUGCUGCGACCUAUGUCGGCUUUGGUGGUUCCCCGGCUUCUUCGCUUUCAUCGCUUUCACGGUUCCCGAAUGAUGUUGCACUUCUCCUCUAUGGACUUUAUCAGCAGGCGACGGUGGGACCUUGCAAUGUUCCGAAACCGAGAGCAUGGAACCCUGUGGAGCAUAGCAAAUGGACCAGCUGGAAUGGGCUAGGGGACAUGGCUUCAACAGAAGCAAUGCGACUUUUUGUGAAAAUAUUGGAGGAGGAAGAUCCCGCUUGGUAUUCUCGAGUAUCUGAUUCUGUUGUUGGGCCAGUUAUAGAUGUUGAAAUGCAUAAACCAGAACUUGAGUCAGCUACUGCGUUAGAUUCAACAAAUGGUAAUUCUACCUUGGAGCCUAAGACUAUUCCUCCUGAAAAUGGGAUUAUGGUGGAGACUCAGGAUAAAGGUGUUGUAAUGGAGGGUUUGGGUUCAGUUGGUAUUUAUGAUCAAUGGGUGCCGCCGGCUGUCUCUGGAAAUCGACCGAAGCCUCGAUAUGAGCAUGGUGCAGCAUUAAUACAGGAUAAAAUGUAUAUUUUUGGUGGAAACCACAAUGGUCGUUACCUGUCUGACCUUCAGGUUUUGGAUUUGAAAACUUUGACAUGGUCAAAGGUAGAAGCUAAAAAUACAGUGGGAUCUUCAGAAUCAACUUCAUUGCCAGUUGCUCCAUGUGCUGGCCAUUCCUUGAUUUCAUUGGGAAAUAAAAUCUUAUCUAUUGCUGGGCAUACAAAAGAUCCUUCAGAGACAAUUACAGUGAAGGAAUUUGACCCUCAGGCAUGUACAUGGUCAAUCUUGAAGACAUAUGGGAAACCACCGAUAUCACGUGGUGGUCAGUCAGUAACCCUGGUUGGGACAACUCUAGUGAUCUUUGGUGGCGAAGAUGCUAAGCGAAAUCUCUUAAAUGAUUUGCAUAUUCUUGACUUGGAAACCAUGACCUGGGAUGAAAUAGAUACCAUAGGCACAUCACCUUCACCAAGGUCUGGGCAUGCAGCUGCUUGCCAUGCAGAUCGAUACCUUUUGAUUUUUGGUGGUGGAUCUCAUGCAACAUGCUUCAAUGAUCUCCAUGUUCUUGAUUUGAAGAUUAUGGAAUGGUCAAGGCCAAAGGAACAGGGUGUUACACCAGCCCCACGAGCAGGCCAUGCUGGUGUCACAGUAGGGGAAAGUUGGUUCAUUGUUGGCGGUGGUGAUAACAAGAAUGGUGUCUCUGAAACACUUGUUCUUAACAUGACCACAUUGUUAUGGUCUGUUGUUACGACUGUUCAAGGGCGUGUGCCUGUUGCUAGUGAGGGACUGAGUUUGGUGGUAGGCUCGUAUAAUGGUGAAGAUUUUCUUGUGGCAUUUGGAGGAUAUAAUGGACGUUAUAGCAAUGAGGUCUAUGUUCUUAAACCAAGCCACAAAUCAGAAGUGCAGCCGAAAGUGGUGGAGAGCCCUGCAUCAGAAAGCAUGGCUGCCCUGCUACCUACUAAUGCUAGCAGGGAUGUUGAGCCUGAUUCUGAAACUGCUCCAGAUGUGAAGAUGAGAGAGAUUGUAAUGGACAAUGGAGAACGUGCGACUUUGAACAUUGCAAGUGAGGACGCAAACAGACAACUUGUAGAAGCUAUUAAGACAGAGAAAGAAGAACUAGAAGCAGCGCUGGCAAAGGAACAAAUGCAGAACCUGCAACUUAAGCAAGACCUAUCAGAAGCAGAUUCGAGAAACAUUGAACUUACGAAGGAGCUUCAAUCCAUCCGUGGUCAGCUUGUUGCUGAACAGUCCAGAUGCUUUAAACUUGAGGUUGAUGUUGCGGAGCUCCGCCAGAAACUGCAAACAAUGGAAACAUUAGAGAAGGAAGUUGAGUUACUUCGGCGGCAGAAGGCUGCUUCGGAACAGGCAGCAUUGAAUGAAAAACAAAGACAAAGUUCCGGUGGUGUCUGGGGCUGGCUCGCCGGAAGUCCUCCAGAUAAAACUGAUUCUUGAUAGUUUCUUUAUGGUCCUUCACUAAAUUCAUUCCGCGGUUGUUGUGUUUUAAUUUGAUUGUAAUUUAUUUUCCAUAUAUUUGGCUGACCAAUAAUAAGCAAAAUCCUUUGCUGUC